AUGCAUCCUUCACCUUCUUCUGUCAUGGGCACAUCCUCUAAAGGCGACAGUGCUCGGUACUCCAAUGGCAGCAACUUCAGUGAUGAUGAGGCCGGUAUUUUUAUGACUAUUGAUAAUGAGAAGGGAGCUGAGUUCUUUGCUAUAGAGCCCCCUAGAGCUGUUCUUACAAGGGAUAGCUCGGAAAGGGAGAAACAAAUCUCGGUUGACCCUAUUUCAUUGCAAGGGUCAAACACUAUUAGGCAAGCCAGCUUUCGGUUGGUUUCUCCUCCAACUAAUCAGAAUUUGGGCCCUAAUGCUCCACCAUCUCCUUCACCACCACCAAAGCUCAAGUUUGUGAGCUCGAGUCUUCCAGGCUCCAACUCUUCUUCCCCAGAAAGUUUAUAUAAAAAGUAUCAAAAAAAUCAUAGCCAACAGGCUGCUGCAGCUCCUCGAAAUAAUCUCUCGAGAAUGCAGUCUGUGAUGGAUGAUACGCACCUUGCUAUGGUGGAGGCUAACACGCGGAAGAGCAAGUCUCUUGGUGAAGGGAGAACAAGCGGUCCUGUAGAUGAUUUUGAUCUCUGGCUUGAGAAAUCAAGCCACAACUCAGGAAAAGAUCAGAGCAGUAGUAGUAAUAAUAAUAACAAUAAUAAUAGUAAUAAACACAGUGGCUUUUCCAAGCCACCACUUGGACCUGGCAUUGUAGAUCGCCAUAGCAGUACGAUGAAGAAGAGCAAAAGUAGAGACCCAAGUUUUUCGGAGGAAAAAUUUAAAUGCGGGAAGUUGUGCCUUUUCCUUCCUAGAGGGAAGGGCAAAACUGUAAGAUCCAUCUCAACGGCAUCAACAAUGACACAAGCAUCGUGCAAGAGCGAACCAAUGGCAAUAUCGAGGAGAGUCUCAUUGGAGAAGUUUGAGUGUGGGUCUUGGGCCUCCUCCUUGGAGAAUGAGGAAGGAGAAUCUGCGAACCUCUUCUUUGAUUUGCCAAUGGAGCUGCUAAGGUGUAGCGUGAGCGAUAUGCAGUCCCCAGUGACAGCUGCCUUCGUGUUUGAUAAUGACGAUGACAAUGACAAGGAGGAAGACGACAAAGACAAUAACAAAGAUGCCCAGAUGGCCUUCCAUGCCUUCCUAGAAGCACAAAGUUAA